AGUUUAUGUUUUCAACCGUAAAAUGAGUGGAUACGUCACGGGAUCUGCCAUUGUUGGCAUUAAAUACAGAGACGGGGUCUUGUUGGCCGCAGAUACCAAACUGAGCUACGGGAGGAUGUCUAGAGUGACGAAUUACGAGAGGCUAGAGCAGGUCUCGCCCACUUCGGUAUUCUGCUCUUCGGGGGAUGCAGCCGACCACCAGUACAUUUCAAAGUUUCUCAAAAAGGCCGUGCACAAUGAACUCUUGGCCAAUAAUAACGACUUGUCAAAGGUCUCUAUGGACGCUAAAAUGCUACACAACUACAUGGCACGCGUCUUUUACGCCCGCAGGAGUAAACUCGAUCCCAUUGUCUCCGCCGCCGUUAUAGCCGGAAUAAGCGAUGGAGAGCCUUUUCUGGGCUACUCUGACUAUUAUGGAACAAAGUAUACUGAUGACUUUAUCACCACUGGUUUUGGAAAAUAUUUUGCGAUUGGUCCACUGAGAGAGGAGCACAGAGCAGACAUGAGUAAAGAGGAGGCUACAGAUUUGGCGAUACGUUGCAUGAGGCUCCUGUAUCUCCGGGACUGUACAGCCUCCAAUAAGAUACAAAUUGCACAUGUCACCAAGGAUGGUGUUGUUAUACAAGAACCCUUCUUUUUCGAUUCCAAAUGGCACUUUGAAAAGUUUGUAAAGCCAACCUCAGCACUGCCCAUUGCCGGUACACAAUUUUGAAGAAUGUAAAAUUAUACCUUUCACA